CUCGGAGGACCCGAUCCCUCCCUCCCGUCGGGCGGGCUGGGGCGGGCCGCGGGUGCGGCGGCUGGAGCGGCCAGGCCUGCGCUGGGGACUGUGGCCGGCGCCUGGGACCUGGAGGGGACUCCUGGGCCGCAGCAGCAUGUGACCCCAAACCAGGAUUCAGCCCUGAUGGAAGCUGAGAAGCCGCCACAUGGAGCCUUUCCCAUCUCUGCUGUAGUGGGAUUCAGCACUGUCCCUGAAGCGCCCAUGGGGAGCAGCCCAAUCCCUGCCUUGGAGCCUGAAGCUCAAGAAGGUGAGGACCUGUGCCAUCCAUGGAGAGAAGAAUGCAGACCCUUGGAGACACAGCGGAGAGAGUCAGGGGAUGUGACUGACUGUGCAGUUAAGAGUAUGGCCUCUUUCCUCAAGAAAGGUUCUACAGAUGUGGAGACCAAAUGGGAAACCCUUGAGGCUAAGGCCUAUGACUCGCCAGAGCACCCAAAGGCAGUGCCCCAGAGCCCGGCAGACAGACAAGCAAGGACACUAUCUCUCCCAGAGCCCUGCACCUGCCCCUUGCAGGGUGAACAUCUAGACGUGGUCUCUAUAUCCAGUGAACUCGGCAGCAGAGUGGAGGUAGAAUUUCUGCCUGAAUUCACUACUCCAAUGUUGGGAUCUGGACAGGUAGAAGAGAGGGAGAAAACCACUCUAGAUACCUUCGCUCCAGCCAGAUUUUCUUCUCCCUGUGAAGAGCACCCUGCAGAGACCAGCCAGACCAAGAACCCUGAAGAUGGAACUGUUGGGCAGGAAGAGCUGAAGUUCAAGGCAGUACAGGAAAGUUGGGCACCAGAAGGGCUCUGGCAUCCCCAGGAGGCCCAGGGGCUGGAAGGAGAGGGGCGGCAGAAAGUGGGGCUCCAAGGAGAGGGCGCCCCGGGUGAGGACAAUUGUGCUGAUGGGCUCUGGGGACAGCAGGCACAGAGGGUAGAGCAGACAGAUAGUGAAGAGGGAGAACAGAGGCGAGAGCAGAACCAGGCACAAGACGAUGGGCUGCCCAGGAGGCCAGGAGAAAGGGAGCAGCUCCCUAGGGGGCUGGAGGGCCCAAAGGAUGGUGUAUGGGGUCAAGAGGAUGUGGAGGGCAGUGAGCAGGACCAGCAAGGUAAAAAACAGGGGAAACCUAGCAGUAGAGAUUCAGCAGAGCUGGAAGAAAGUAGGGGGGAUUGUUGGUCUGAGCAGCGUCAGAGUUGGGUGGAGCAAUCAGAGGAGGUAACUGGAAGGCAAAGAGCUCAGGGUCUAAGGAGGGAUAUGUUGCCAGUAGACAGGUCAGAGGAGGAGCCAGGGGGUUGGGGCGGGGACAGUCUGGCCGGAGUGGGAGAAGAAGGGGGCAUGGAAGAGGAGAAAGAGCAUUGUGGACCUUCAACACUGGCUCUGGUUGCCCCUGAGCUCUCUUCUCCUUGUGACUUCUUCCCAGACACUUUAUCUCCCAGGAUGCAGAUUCCUGGGACUCAAGCAGAGCCCAGGGCUGAGGAACUGUCCCCCUUAGCUCUGCCUCCUACACUGAAGCCCGUAGGAUGUUCCCACCAGCCGGUUUCUCUACCAGGCUCCUUUCCUACUGGGGAGUCAUCGGACAAUGAAACUGCUCAAGACAGCCAGCAAGAGGGAUCUGAGCUGGGGAAGAGGACAGUAUCCUACCAAGAGCCUGAGGAGGUCUCUGCCAAUGCAUCUGGGACUCCUCCAAGAACACUGGAUCCUCCCUCCAUCCAGCCUGCUGAGGUCUCUCCAGUCACACCUGUCUGGUCAUCUGCCAACCUCCCAUCUUCCUUUCCAUCUGCAUGUUCUCCAGAAGUUUCCAGAGCCUCUCUCUUAACAGACAAGCCCUCUCCCUAUGGGACUUCCAAGACUCGCCCUGCCACCCUCCAUAACUUCCCCUCUGUAGAGGCCACCUUAGAUCCAUGUGCCAGCUCUGAAGGGGCCGGCCCUGAUGUUCCCUUUGCCAACUGCACAGGGGGUAUCCCACACCUACGGAGCAACUCCUUCCCUGGCUCCCACAGGACAGCACAGAAUCCAGACCUGUUGGGAAUGUCACUUUCCCUCUCCCAUUCAGAGUUGCCCCAGAGACCCCCCAAACCUGCCAUCUAUGGCUCUGUAAUCCCAAGGAGGGACAGGAGAACUGGAAGGGACUGCAAUAUCAUUUUGGAAUCCCCCAAUGUGUUACCCAUUUCCAGGCAGGACUCUCAAGAACUCACCUUAAGCCUAGAGCAGUCCAGUGGUCCUCCCAGCAAUCAGCCAUGGGGAGCCCCACUCAGUCCAGACCUGGCCGCCCGGUCUUCUGCCUGUGGUUCUUCCCUACCCUUUGUCUCUAUGGAUAUGAAGAGCAAGGACCCCUUGCCCCCUCCUAUCCUAGAGAAGAGGCAUAUGCCUCCCUCCCUGGUGGAGAGAAAUGGUCAACUUUGUGCUGCGGUCCCCACACUGAAACGGCAUAACCAUGCUCCUCCAUUGGUCCUAGGUUUGGGGCUCCAUAGCCCCCCUAAAGACCCACUCCCACAAAUUCCCGAUCCCCUUGUGGCAAGGCAGCACCGACCUCUGCCUUCUACCCCAGACAGCCCCCAGCACAGUCAGACCUCUUUCUCCCCUAGGCUCAAGUACAACAAACCAUUACCCCCAACUCCUGACAUGCGGCAGUCCCACCAUUCUGUUCCUUCCACUAUCUCAAGACGCUAUAGGCCUCUUCCACCUGUGCCCAUCAUGGACCCUCCUUCUGAGCCACCCCCACUGCCUCCAAAGUCCAGGGGCAAGAGCAGGACCCCUCAGGAAGGACUGAUGAACUCAGGGAGCCAAGCCAAAGCAAGACCUGUUUGUCAGGACUGGACAGUCUCCACUGCCCCCUGUGCUGGACGGACCUCCUGGCCCCCAGCCACGGGCAGAUCAACAGAGUCUCUGGCUUCCACCAGCAGGAGUAAGAGUGAAGUGUCCCCUAGCAUGGCUUUCAGCAACAUGACAAAUCUUCUGAGUCCCUCUUCCCCUACUACUGCCUGGACUCAGGAGCUUCCAGGACCCACCCCUACAAAUGCACCAGGGCUCUCAGAAGAGUCUGAAGCCCCUCCAAGAGAAACUUGGAGAAGAACAGUCCCUAGAGAUGGAGUCAAUGGCCCCAGGAAGCCAGCACUAGGCCAAGCCAGGCAGCCGGAAAAGCCCAGCCAUCUCCACCAUCCCCAGUUGGAGAAGGCGUCCAGCUGGCCCCACCGGCGGGACCCAGGAAGACAGCCUGGGGGCAGCAGUGAACAGGCUGUAGUGCCUGGGGAGGGGCCCAACAAGCACAAGGGCUGGAACCGGCAGGGCCUGCGCAGACCUUCCAUCCUGCCCGAGGCUGCUCCAGAUUCACAAGGUCCAGCUGUGGAAAGAUCCCUUAAUCCCUCAGACACUAUUGUCUUCCGAGAGAAAAAACCAAAGGAAACCUCAGGAGGCUUUUCAAGACGCUGCUCUAAGCUCAUCAACUCCUCCCAGGUGCUCUACCAGGAGUACAGCGACGUCUUCCUGAACAAGGAGAUUCAGAGCCAGCAGCGGCUGGACAGCCUGGCAGAGGUCCCUGGGCCUAUGUCCCCCCGGCAGCCUCGAAAGGGCCUGGUGUCCUCCGAGUCGUACCUGCAGCGCCUGUCAGUGGCCUCCAGCAGCUCCCUCUGGCAGGAGAUCCCUGUGGUCCGCAACAGUACUGUGCUGCUCUCCAUGACCCACGAAGACCAGAAACUGCAGGAGGCCAAAUUUGAGCUGAUCUUGUCUGAGGCCUCGUACCUGCGCAGUCUACAUGUAGCUGUGGAUCAUUUCCAACUUUCAACUGCACUCCGGGCCACCCUUUCCAACCAGGAGCACCAGUGGCUCUUCUCUCGUUUACAGGACGUCCGAGACGUCAGCACCACGUUCCUCUCAGACCUGGAAGAGAACUUGGAGAACAACAUCUUCUCCUUCCAAGUAUGUGAUGUCGUCCUGAGCCACGCCCCAGAUUUCCGUCGGGUCUACCUGCCUUACGUCACCAACCAGACCUAUCAGGAACGCACCUUCCAAAGCCUACUGAGCAGCAACAGCAGCUUCCGAGACGUCUUGGAGAAGCUGGAGAGCGACCCCGUCUGCCAGCGCCUGUCCCUCAAGUCCUUUCUGAUUCUGCCCUUCCAGCGCAUCACCCGCCUCAAGCUCUUGCUCCAGAACAUUCUGAAGAGAACACAGCCAGGGUCCUCAGAGGAAGCGGAGGCCACCAAGGCGCACCACGCUUUGGAAGAGCUGAUCCGAGACUGCAAUAACAACGUCCAGAGGAUGCGCCGGACAGAGGAACUGAUCUACCUGAGCCAGAAGAUUGAGUUUGAGUGCAAAAUAUUCCCACUCAUUUCACAGUCACGCUGGCUGGUGAAGAGUGGGGAGCUCACAGCCCUGGAGUUCAGUGUCUCCCCGGGGCUGCGAAGGAAACUGAACACACGCCCAGUUCACCUGCACCUCUUUAACGACUGUCUGCUGCUGUCACGGCCCCGAGAGGGCAGCCGAUUCCUGGUAUUUGACCAUGCUCCCUUCUCCUCCAUUCGGGGGGAAAAGUGUGAAAUGAAGCUACACGGACCCCACAAAAACCUCUUCCGACUCUUUCUGUUGCACAACGCACAGGGCGCCCAGGCUGAGUUCCUGUUCCGCACCGAGACUCAAAGUGAAAAGCUUCGAUGGAUCUCAGCCUUGGCCAUGCCACGAGAGGAGUUGGACCUUCUGGAGUGUUAUGACUCUCCACAAGUACAAUGCCUCAGAGCCUACAAACCCCGAGAGAAUGACGAAUUGGCACUAGAAAAGGCUGAUGUGGUGAUGCUGACUCAGCAAAGCAGUGAUGGCUGGCUGGAGGGUGUGAGGCUCUCAGAUGGGGAGCGAGGCUGGUUUCCCAUGCAACAAGUGGAAUUCAUUUCCAAUCCUGAGGUCCGUGCACGGAACCUGAAGGAAGCCCAUCGAGUGAAGACUGCCAAACUACAGCUGGUGGAGCAGCAAGCCUAGCUGCUGUCUGGGAGGAGUGUCCUGAGUCAGAGAACAAGCUCUCCUGAGAGGGCUGGCCUCAGAGCCCCGCUACAGGGACCUUCCAUGGACCAAGAACUAGGCCUUCUGAGAGCCCGAGGACAGACUCCAGCUAACCCAGGCGCUCGUCCCAGGCCUCCUUGUGUGCUUUGUGCUUGGUGGGGGGAUUUUUAGGGACUUUGUACUGGAUACUGGGAACCUUUUUUCUUAGGAAAAGAGACAAGUUAGGCCUGAACCAAGGAACUUCUCUUCUACGACUGUGUAGUACUUAAACCUUCUCUGCUUCCAGAGUGCAGAUGCAGAGCUGGCCAAAGUUUCAGUCAUGGCCAGAUGUUAAACAGAAUCUGACCUCAGUCCACUGCAGGGAGGUGCUUCAGAGGGAUUUACAUCAGAUGGGACAGUCAACUUGGUGACCUCUAAGGCAUCUUCUGACCCUAGAGAUUCUCCGUAGUUGUCUUGUGAGAGUCAGUGCCCACAUCUCUAAGAUCUAUGUUGGUGGCAAUGUGAGGGUAACUCUCUCUCACUCUAAUAAACUUGGUACUUCUCCGUGUGUUUUCUUCUCAGCACUGAGCCUG